AUGGAGAAAAUACUUCGCACUUUCUCUCCAAGUUUUGACUUCAUUGUUACCAACAUUGAAGAAAAUAGGGAUUUAAGGACCAUGACUAUUGAGAAACUCAUGGGUUCCCUACAAGCAUACGAAGAAAAACCAAAGAGAAAAAUUAAACAAAAGGAGGAUAUGGAUCAACUACUACAACUCAACGUAAAGGAAACAAAUUAUCCGAAUUACAAUAGCCAAAGAGGACGAGGUCGUGGCCGAGAUCGUGGGUGUGGACGAGGACAUGGAGGAGAAGGAAAAGGAUGUUACAACAACUACUUUAACAAUGGAGAAAAAAGGAACAAUUUAAGCAUGUCUGAAGAGUUCAAGAAAGACAUUUCAAAUGAAUUUGAGAUGACAGAUAUGGGGAUCAUGGCAUAUUAUCUCGGCAUCGAAGUAAAGCAAGAAGACAGAGGAAUUUUUAUCACCCAAGAAGGCUAUGCCAAAGAAGUCCUUAAGAAGUUCAAGAUGGAUGAUACCAAUCUAGUUGGCACCCCAAUGGAAUGUGGCAGCAAGUUGAGUAAGCAUGAAAAUGGAGAGAUCAUGGAUCCAACUCUUUACAAAAGUUUGGUUGGAAGUCUGCGUUACUUGACAAGUACAAGGCCAAAUAUUCUCUAUGUUGUAGGAUUCGUAAGUCGCUACAUGGAAGCUCCAACAACAACUCACUUCAAGGCGGAAAAAAGAAUCAUUCGAUACAUCAAAGGUAUAACAAACUUUGACUUGCACUAUUACUCUUAUAAUAAUUAUGAGAUUAUUGACUAUAGUGAUAGCGAUUGGAGUGGAGACUUAGAUGAUAGGAAGAGCACUACUGGUUUUAUGUUCUUUAUGGGAGAUACUACUUUCACUUGGAUGUCAAAUAAGCAAUCUAUCGUCACACUAUCAACUUGUGAAGCUGAGUAUAAUGUCGCCACAUCAUGUGUUUAUCAUGCAAUUUAUCUGAGGAAUUUGUUAAAAGAAUUAAAAAUGCCACAAGAAGAUCAUGUCGAAAUAUGUGUUGAUAAUAAAUCAACACUUCCUUUGGCAAAGAAUCCUGUAUUUCAUGAAAGAAGUAAGCACAUCGACACCCGUUACCACUCAUAA